AUGAGGGUCCUUAACACACUUACACAAGUGUGGUUUUUGUUUUUUCUCGUUGCAACCAUUGAAUGGAUUCAUGCCUUUUCAGAGUACAAAGAACCAGAUACCUCUAUUCUGCUCUUCGGAACCGUGCAUGAAUUGAAUGGCCACGUCAGCUUGAGUGGUGGCCAGGUGGGUGCGUGCAAGCAAGUUUCAGCAUUGUGUUAUUGCUGUUGGGCUGCGCCUCCGACACCUCACUCUUCUGUUCUGUCAGCUGAAGAGAGAGACAAAGGGGGUUUUGGCUUGCUAUUCCUUGGUAGCCGCAACCUAAUCUCAAUCGCAAUCAAUCAUCUCUCGUCGUCGGUGUAUUGCGCCGACGUCGUUUUAGCCUCUCUUCUUUCCCAGAAUACAUACAUUUAUUCUGAACCAUUAUGGGCAAUGGUCCAGCACCAUUUUUUGAUAUUGGCAAAAGGGCAGAAGAUCUUUUGUACAAGGAUUACAACUUUGAUCAGAAGUUCAGCUUGUCAAUUCCUAGCACCACUGGAUUGGUAAUAUUUAUCUUUAUUUCUGCUAUUAUUUUUUUGUUUAAUUAGGUUAAUUUUUAGUUUUUCUUUUUAAUUGAUGCUUACUAGAUACAAAAUCUCAUAGCUUCAAUAUGACAUAGUUUUAAUAUCACAACCACAAUUGUGUGAACACUACAUAAUUUCAAAUAAUAUGUAAGUUCACGACUGUUUAUUUGAUUUUUUAUUUUAGUUUUAUUGGAUUAUGAAACAUUUAUUAUUGUUAUUAAUUCGUUAAAGAUACUCAUGUUAUUUCUUAUUGAAUGACAAAUAGUUUUACUUACUUCUAUUUUUCCAUUAAUGUUUUUUAUUUGACUGG